CACAGGUUGGCUGACUGUGGUAAAAAUACUUGAAAAAGGUUACUUGUGGUUAAGUGAAACAUGGUUCCCUAUUGCUGGAAGCCCACAAAGAGUUAAAUGUUUUGAAAGAGUCCUUGCUCAAGUAUUUUCCUUUUCUGACUAGAUGAUUCUCCAUCUCGGAGCAGGAACAGGGUUUUGAAGAUGAAUGAUCUCUCAAUGUGGACUGGAGAGAGUCUUGGGUGAAAUCUCCUGAAUGUCGCACAGCGCUGACCCACCUAUAUCUGAUUCAGCACAUUCUACCAUUCUACAGAAGAUCAGACAGUGACAGGCCAUGUGUGGUUGAUCCAUGAGGAGGGCAUCAGGCGGCACGUUUGAUGUCUCAACAAAGGCAUACCGCAGUGGAGCAACUGAUCCAGCAGUACAACAGCAGGCAAUGAAAAGAGGGCAUUUUAAUGGAAUUUCAGACAGUUGCAAUACAUAUGUAGUUAUCAAGAUACAAAAUCUACAGAGUGCCACAGUAUCUAGACCAGGGAGUCAGCCAAGCUGGGAACAAGACUACUCAUUUGACCUCAAUGAUAUUCAAAGUGGUCUCCUUGUACAAGUAUGGAAGUCUGGUUGGAUUCGAGACUCACUUUUAGGAAAUGUGUGGAUUCCCCUUCCAAACAUUAAAUAUGCUACAGAUGAAGGAUCUGGAGAAUGGUGGACGUUAUAUUCUGAAGUCAUCACAAAUGGAGAUGAGAUUUCUGGUAUCAAACCAACCUUGCAUAAGAUAUUACUGGAUCUUUUCUUUGCAAUGCCAUUUGAUGGCAUGAUAGAAAACCAGGAGGAUUUAGCCAACGAUGAAAAUGAAGUCUCUUCUGACAGCUCAGAACUUUGUUCAUCUUCACAAAAAUACAUUCUUAGUACCAUCAAAAAUGAAAUAAGGAAUGAAGAUGCAGUUUUCACAAGUAGCAUUGCAAAAGAAAGAUGGAGCAGAGCAAUACAAAAGUGAGAUUUCUGCAUAAGUGCCAACCGCCCAUACCAGGAAUUCACAGUGACUAACAACAAAUAGAAGUGACUAUAUGACCAUACGGGUAAAUGAAAGAAAAAAUAAGG